AUGUCGAUUGAGUUCCUCAGACAGCCCGAGACACGCGCUAUUUCCCAGGAGCAGCUUGUCACCGAGGUCAAAGGCAUCUAUGCUGGUCUUGUUAUGGUCGAGAGCAAAUGUAUCGAGGUCGACAACGCCCAGAAUGCCGAGACCGAUCCCGCUAACAAGCCCAUCAACCAUGAGCAAUGGCAGGCCUUGAUCGCCCUGCACCGCACUUUGCUUUACGAGCAUCACGAUUUCUUCCUGGCUUCUCAACAUCCAUCUGCGAGUCCGGCCUUAAGACGAGUCCUUGGUUGA